UGAUUUUGCAUUUCUGGGGAGAGAACUGUAAGUAAACAAUACAGUUCUCCCCCCUGUUAGCUCCUGCACACUACUUUGCAUGGCCAUGCAAAAUCAGUGUGCUUACAGUGUAAAGCACUAACACAGUAAAACAGAACACAGUUAACCGUUUGAUCUCCCCACAUGUUAACCCCUUCCUGCCCAAUGUCAUUAGUACAGUGUCAGUGCUUUUUAUUAGCACUGGUCACUUUAUUGGUGUCACUGGGGAUGUCAGUGACACCAAGUCAGUUCCCCCCCAGUGUCAGAAUACCCACCGCAGUCCCGCUAUAA